CCCAAAGACGAGAUCUCUUCUUAUUCGCCCAGUGUCUCGACCCUCUCUCUUGUCGACCAAGUCUACUGUUAACCACGAGGGGCAAAUAAAGGCUUCUUCCUUACUGAUAUCCAUCACUUCCUUUGGUUGACUUCGCAUUUGGUCAUGUUAAAUGGAUUACCGUCUUGAAGAAAAUUUCUCUUAGAUUUAUGGGAGCAGUUGUUGUCUUGGAGGCCUAUCCAAAUCCCAUUUAAUACCAGAAGGAUCGUCAAGAGUACCUCAAAAGAGGAAUACUGGUAAAUUACCAAGGCGUAGAAGAAGGGAAUGGUCAACGAGCCCAGGGAUCAUGGAAAACAAUGUUAGCAUGUCUCAUUCCCUUGAUGCACACCUAUCUUCGGCCCCACCUAUCGAUGGAGAAAACAAGUCUAUGGAGGAUAAUGUGGCUACUGUUUCAUUCAUCAAUCAUGCUGCUAUAGCUUGGCAUGAGAGAAGAAGAGAAUGGGUUGGAGAUCAGUCAAAAAAAACCUGUAGGCCAUCAAGAGAACCAAUAAUAAGCUGGUGCACAACAUACGAGGAGUUGCUCUCUACCAAUCAGCCUUUCUCACAACCAAUCCCAUUAUCUGAAAUGGUCGAUUUCCUAGUAGAUAUAUGGCAAGAGGAGGGGCUUUAUGAUUAGCAUAGAGAUGGACUCCGUUGUGGAAAGGGAGAGUUCGUCCAUUAUCCAACUGCACUACAUGGACAUUGGGUGUACAAAACUCAUAAUUUUUUCGGUGUACUUCAUUGUAGUUUAAAGUGCCCAUGCUUGGUAAAAUAAAGUGUUCUCGCAAUGUAGUCCAGGGUUUUUUUUUUCAACUGUAGAAAUGACUAAAAAUUGUAUGAUUUACAUAAGGAUUGAUUUUUGUUUGAUGAGCACUAUCAUUGUCAGUAGCCAUGAUAGUAUUGGAUUAAUGGAACAGAAGGUGCCGAACUUCCUUUUUGAUUGGCAACUUUCAAACUGAGAAUGUUGCUCGUUUUUUA